AUGGGCAGCCAGAGAAAUCAAAGAAAAAAAUGGGCUGCGGGUGUCGAGCGGAGCUGGAUGCAUGGACGGACAUUGGGCAAGACGGGGUCGCUUGGCGGGUUGGCAUUGGCUUUCACACACAGCCAGUUGAUCCCUGACAUCAAAUCGCAGCGCCGACCCAGCCCAGCGCUUCAGGUGGACCCUGCUAAGGCGUGA